UUAAACAGAACACAUGCUCAACAAACACUAUAACAGUAAGAAAAAAAAAGCUACACAACACAAUUACACACAAUUAUUGUAGUUAAUUUUAUUUGGCUUUUCUGCACACUUGCGUAAAUUAAAGCCUGUACUAAUUGGUUAAACAAAUAAAAAAAAGAACACAACAAACAUAACAACACAUUUUUAAUUGACAUUUCUGCGCACUUGCAAAAUUUAAGGCCAACACUCGUAAAAACCGAGAAACACUUUUCCAAUAAUUAAUUCAUCAUGAAACUCAACAUGGCAUGCAGGGCCCAAGCCGGCCACAAAGAAUUUGUGCGAAAACAUUUGGGAUUUCGGCCCACCGUUUUGUCUUCCAAGCGAUUCGAAGCAAUUUUAUCCAGAUCGAGGCAGGACGAUAAACGGGAAAUGUUGGCUGCCGUCGAGGAGGAGCAGCGAUAUAAGCAGUAUCUCAAGGAUGGCAAUGAUGCUCUUUGUAAAUGCUUCAUCAACCUCGAGAGUCACCAGGCCAAUGACGAUGAUGUGAUGCAGGCAGCCAGAGAUAAAGCUCUUGCCGAAGAGACCAAAGAUUUGCGGGCACAAGUUCUGCUAGAUGAACUUCGUAAGGAAAGGAUUAUGCGUGCCAAUCAAAUAUUGCAUCUGAUGAAGCCCGGUCCUCGUGCACUGCGUCAGGCUCUUCUCGAGAGCGAAUUAAUCAAGCACCGUCAUUAUGACGAGUCAAUCAAACAGGAAAUUGCUCAGGACGCAUUGCGCCAGAAGCAUUUGGAAGAUCAGCAGUGCCCCGAGGUGUUAAUUCCUUUCGGUCAUAGUUCCGAAGAGCAGAUUAAAGCUCAGGAAAAGGAAAAAUCGCUCGCCUUGCGUACAUAUUUCUUACGGGAUCUCGAAGAGCGACGACAACGCAAGCUCGACGAAAAGAAGCAGGAGGUUAACGACGCAAUGGCUGAGCGGGAAAAACUCAAGUGCCAGAAUGAGAUCGAGGACAGGGCUGCCAAGGCGAUCGCGGCAAGAAAACGCGAGCUCUGUCGACUUGCCUAUAAGGAUGCUCUCAAGGAGAAAGCAGAGAAAGUCAAAUUUGAGAAAAUAUGCGAUCAAAUUGAUCAUAGAAUACAAUGUGUUAAUCGGGUAGCACAGCGCAAUCUUGAUAAGCGCUAUAACAAACAAAUCUUAAACAUGCGUGCCAGCCAUAUUCGAGUCAAAGAAGAGCGAGCUAAGCAAGUUUGUCGGCUGCAUCAAGAGGGCAAACGGAAAAGAGAAGAGGUACAAGCCGCAAUAGAAGCAGAGUCUCAGGCAAAGGAGAAUCAGGACGAAGCUGCACGCAAAUGUCACCAAGAAGAACUUGCCAAACAGCGUCGAGCCUACGAGCAAGAAGAACGAAGACAACGAGUCGAGAAGAAACUUCGCGAUGCGGAGGUACGACGCUUUGAAAUCGCCACGCGAUACAAAAACGAUGAGACAAACAAAAAGUUCUUUGACGCUGAGAAGGUGCAAAAGGACAAAGUGACCGCCGAUUUGCGGCAGGUUCUUUAUGGUCAGCGACAGCAAUUCCUACAGCAACGACAGGAUGAGCUUAUGCGUAUGACUGCUUGUGAGGAGGAUCCUCAUCUUCAGGAUGAUGUGGACUUCUUUAACGAAAUGGUUGAUACUAUGAAGGAUUGCCAGGAAGUUGGACGACCAAUGUUUCCUCUGGCCAAGGCCGCGGAGCGUUAUCAACGCGAUAAUCAAUUAGACAUGACACCCGAGGGUCAGAUGAUUCGCAGAAAUACAAGUCGUGACGAUUGCUGGCCAGGUUAUUUCUCCAAGGCGGAGUUAGCCUACAGGAAAUACGAACAUAGGGAAAAAUGCCGAAAGGAAAAUGAGAAGAAGCGCCAUUCUAUAUUUGACAACUGCAUUACAAUAACUAAAAUGGCAUCCGAGGAGCAACCAUUUAAACCAUGUGUCCAAAGUGGUCUCGUUAAGUGUCAGCAAUACAGAGGAAUUCCCUCAUUGUCAUGUAUCCCUUCAGAAUCACCAAGUAAUAUUGAUAUUGAUACUGAGAAACUAGAAGAGCCGAUUUCUAUUGCAAAGAAAGAAUCAACAUCAUGUAUUGAAAAUAAAAGGGAACCUGGAGGUGUAGAUCUUUUGCCGGACUCAAAGCGGGAUGGAAUUUCCAGGUCAUUAGUUGCAAAAGUCUCGACAAAGCAAAAAAGAUCGAGAAAGCUACAGACUCAUUCAAUUAUAUCGGUUCCAAGCUGCUUACCAAAUCGAGCUGAUAAAAAAUCGAAUACUCUACUACAAAAGAGAUCUGCGAAUUCUCCGGGUUCUGCAUGCCGUCUGGCUGUAAGAUCACACUCAACACUAGAGGAUACUCUACAAUCAAAAGAAAGCCAUAAAGUGCCAUCUUCCAAAUUAUCGAAUUCAAAGUUACCCGAUCUGACUCGCUAUUUAAAUACAAAUGAAUCGGAUUCUGUAAAGAAAAUAGAAUAUCCAGAGAAACAAUCCAUUGCUGUACAAGAAAAACCGACCAGAUUGCCGGAUCUAACACAAUAUUGGACACCAAAUCUUCUUAGUGUAGAGCGAAAACAGAAAACCAUUGCGGGUCAAGAUAAGCCCAUUAACCAGAAGAUAUAAAAAUCAACUCGAUUGGAAAAUAUUUUUGUAAUCGUAUCCCAAAUUCAUGGUACAAUCUCAAAUGAUAGUACCUUUUAGUACCAAUAUCAGUAAAGCACAAUAUAGAUGGCAUUAAACC